AUGGUCGCCCAAUACACAAUCUUCGGUCGCCAAGUCGGCUCCCACGUCCUUGCAAUGCUCACUCUGGGCACAUUCGCCGCUGGAACGGCUUUCGCUAUGUCAGGUAAAGAGAAGGCGAAGGAGCAAGGGCCACCGAUCAAUGCUAGCUCGAAGGACGAGGAAGAAUUCAUACAAGAAUUUUUAAAGAACAAUGGGGGGGAGCAGAAGGCGAAGCAAUAA